UCACUCGGACCCGGAACGGUUUUGACGUGUGUGUAUGCAUGGCACAGUGUGUUUCCGGUAUAACGUGUGUGUUGAUCGGUGCUCUGCCUUUUUCUCUUGGCUUUCAGUAGAACAGUCACUGACUUUAGAGUCCCUGCUCCCUUACCUGGUCACCCCUUAACGGCGUUGUAACCCUAACCAGUGGACAUGGCAUCUGUUUCAGCACCAGCGCAGACAGCUCCUGCCCCGGCUGCUCCUCUGCAAAGAGGAAUUGUGAAAAUGGUCUUGUCAGGCUGCGCUAUCAUUGUCCGGGGUCAGCCUCGAGGUGGUCCACCCCCGGAGCGCCAGAUCAAUCUCAGUAAUAUCCGAGCCGGGGCCAUGGCCCGCAGAGCCGCCCAGGGCCAGCCCGACACCAAGGACACCCCUGAUGAGCCUUGGGCCUUCCAAGCCAGAGAGUUUCUGCGGAAAAAGCUAAUCGGCAAAGAAGUGUGCUUCACUGUGGAAAUUAAGACCGCUUUAGGCAGAGAGUACGGCAUGGUCUACCUGGGACGAGACACAACAGGCGAGAACAUUGCAGAGUCUUUAGUGAAUGAGGGCCUCGCCACAGUCCGCAGGGAAGGAAUCAGAGGGAACAAUCCAGACCAGGCCAGACUCUGUGAUUUGGAGGACCAGUCCAAGGCUGCAAAGAAGGGCAUGUGGAGCGAGGGCAGCGGCACACACACCAUCCGCGACCUCAAGUACACCAUAGAGAAUCCCCGCAACUUUGUCGACUCUCUUCACCAGAAACCCAUCAAUGCCAUCAUAGAGCAUGUGCGUGACGGCAGUGUUGUUCGUGCCUUGCUGCUUCCAGACUACUACCUGGUGACCGUCAUGCUGUCUGGAGUCAAGUGUCCCACGUUCAAGAGGGAAGCGGAUGGCACAGAGACACCGGAGCCGUUUGCAGCAGAGGCCAAAUUCUUCACUGAAUCUCGCCUUCUGCAGAGAGACGUUCAGAUCAUCCUGGAGAGCUGCCCCAACCAGAUCAUACUGGGCACCAUCCUGCACCCGAAUGGAAACAUCACAGAAUUACUGCUGAAGGAAGGCUUUGCCCGCUGUGUGGACUGGUCCAUGGCUGUUUACACGCAGGGAGCUGAGAAACUCAGAGCUGCUGAACGAUCUGCUAAAGAGCGCAAGGUCCGCAUCUGGAAGGACUACGUUGCACCCACAGCCAACUUGGACCAGAAGGACAGGCAAUUUGUCGCCAAGGUGAUGCAGGUGGUCAACGCAGACGCCAUGGUGGUUAAGCUCAACUCUGGCGAAUACAAGACCAUCCACCUGUCCAGCAUUCGGCCCCCAAGAAUCGAGGGAGAGGAGAAGAACAAGGACAAAGACAAGCGUUUCCGUCCACUCUACGAUAUCCCCUACAUGUUCGAGGCCCGCGAGUUCCUGAGGAAGAAGCUCAUUGGGAAAAAGGUCAAUGUGACAGUCGACUACAUCAGAGCAGCCACCGGUCCAGGAGAAAGCACCCCCGCCUUUGCAGAACGCACCUGUGCCACAGUCACAAUCGGCGGCAUUAACAUAGCUGAGGCUCUGGUCAGCAAAGGCCUGGCCACAGUCAUCAGAUACAGACAGGAUGACGACCAACGCUCCUCCCACUACGACGAGCUGCUUGCCGCAGAGGCACGGGCCAUCAAGAAUGGAAAAGGGCUCCACAGCAAGAAGGAGGUUCCCAUCCACAGGGUUGCGGAUAUCUCAGGGGAGACACAGAAAGCCAAGCAGUUCCUGCCCUUCCUGCAGAGAGCUGGCAGGUCAGAAGCCGUGGUCGAAUACGUCUUCAGCGGCUCCCGCCUCAAGCUGUACAUGCCCAAAGAAACCUGCCUCAUCACAUUCCUCCUUGCCGGUAUUGAAUGUCCACGCAGUUCCAGGAAUGUGCCCGGAGGCAUGCAGAUGGCAGAGCCCUUCAGCGAUGAGGCCAUGCUGUUCACCAAAGAGCUGGUGCUGCAACGAGAGGUGGAAGUUGAAGUCGAGAGCAUGGACAAAGCGGGCAACUUCAUUGGCUGGCUGCACAUCGAAGGUGUUAACCUGUCAGUGGCGCUGGUGGAAAACGCUCUUUCCAAGGUCCACUUCACAGCCGAGCGCAGCGCUUACUACAAAACCUUGGUCUCGGCUGAAGAGGCCUGCCGACAGAGGAAAGAGAAGAUCUGGGCCAACUAUGAGGAGAAACCAGUCGAGGAGGUUGUGCAAGUAUCGGAAGAAAAGGAACGUGUGCCCAACUACAGACCAGUAUAUGUCACUGAAAUCUCAGACACCCUGCACUUCUACACCCAGGACGUAGAGACAGGAGGCCAGUUGGAGAGUCUGAUGGAGACCAUGAGAGCAGAGAUCGCUGCCCAGCCACCAGUGGAAGGAUCCUACUCUCCACGCCGUGGGGACUACUGCAUAGCCAAGUUUGCUGAUGGAGAAUGGUACAGAGCUCGAGUGGAAAAAGUUGAAUCGCCAGCAAAGGUUCAUGUCUUCUACAUCGACUAUGGCAAUAGAGAAGUCGUAUCGUCCACUCGUCUGGCUGUCAUCCCCCCUGCCUUCAGCACCCGGACCCUGCCAGCACAGGCCACCGAGUACGCCUUCGCCUUCAUCCAGAUCCCACAGGACGAGGAUGCUCGUGCAGACGUGGUGGACUGCAUCGUACGGGACAUCCAGAACAGCCAGUGCCUGUUGAACGUAGAGUACUCAGGUGCCACCUGCCCUCACGUCACAAUACAGUUUGGAGAUACCAAGGAUGACGUGGGUCUGGGCCUGGUCAAGGAGGGAUUGGUCAUGGUGGACGUGCGCAAGGAGAAGCACCUGCAGAAGAUGGUGACAGAGUACCUGAACAGUCAAGAAUCUGCCAAGAGUGCCCGGCUCAACAUUUGGCGCUACGGAGACUUCCGCGCAGAUGAUGCAGAUGAGUUUGGUUACAGCCGUUAAAAAGGAGAAGAGAAAUGGAAAACCAACCAUCCAACCAACACCAUUCCAAAGACGGACACAGACGACGGUGAUACAUUGGACAGAAGACAACAUUAAAAAAACUAAACGACAAGCAUUGACUCACGCUUCCUUUUCAAUUGACAUUUCAUCCCUGCAGUCUAGCCUAUCUUCUGCUCUUCUCUUUCCUCAGACUAGCCCCUGUAGCUCCACAUAGAGCAUGCUAGCAGUGCUAAAAAAAAAAAGUAAAAUUAAAAAAAAUCAUGCAAGAAUCAUUUUCCAUUCAGCAUUGAUUUCCUUAUAUGGCCACUUCCAGCUCAAGCAGCCUGCACUAUUGCCAAUCUGUGUUUUUUUGCCAUGCUACCUUUUCAGCAGACUUCCUGUGUGAAUGAUCUAAUUAUGAUACCUGCGUAUGUGUUUCAGCCAAUCAUAUUUUUUGCUUUCUGAUGCUCUUGCCCAAUCCCUGCUUUUUCCUCUGAACAGGAAGGGACUGGCUGUUUCUGGGGAGAUGCUUGAUUUUUUGCAAACAAAUGCUUCCCUAAUAAACUUAAUGUAAAUGUGAGGAUAUGUUGAAAAGUGUAAAUGGAUUUAUUUUAGAGAAAUACUGUAGGUGGAGCCACACAGAUGAAAAAAAGGACGAUUUUAUUUUUGUCUUCAAUGUAUAUCUGUGUGAUUGUGACAUUUGCAGAUGUUUUUGUGGGGAGUGUUUUGUCGUUUAUUCACUAUGUCACACUUUUAUGAACAGUAACAAUGGACGCCGUUAUGUGGCAUUUUAUCAUCUCUCUCUUUCUCUCCUUCUGUAAAGUUUACAUCCUAUAAUGGUUAUGAUCCAGUCUUUGGCAGUCUAUUCUCUUUCUGUCUCUGUAUGCCAUGGCAGGAACAGUGUUUGAAUUUGUUUCCACUUAAUGGACCUUUGCAUUCUGUUAAAAACCUGCUUAAUAAAUAUAAGCAAACUAAAA